UUAUUUUCAAAGUUUUAAAAAGAUUUCCCCUUAGUUUUAUUACAUCAUGCAUAUUAUUACCCUUGUCAUCAGUUGUCCAUAUUGCCAGUGUGUGGAAAGGAAGCAUUUGAUACAAAUCUGUGAAAUGCAUUAGCAGAAAAAUCUGGUGAUAUAAGCAUUAAACCACUUACAGAAUUUUCAGAUAACUUUUUUUUUUUUUUGUCCUUUUUAGUACAUGCAUCAUGAAUGAAUCUGCCUCUAGUGGAAAUGGUCAGGAGUUUGAUGUAUUUAGUGCAAUGGACUGGAAGGAUGGCAUAGGUACUUUGCCAGGAAGUGACCUAAAGUUUAGAGUCAAUGAAUUUGGGGCCCUGGAAGUAAUUACAGAUGAAACUGAGAUGGAAAGUGUUAAAAAGGCAACUGCUACCACAACCUGGAUGGUUCCAACUGCUCAAGAAGCCUUUUCAGAAAAGACAGGGAUCCCCACAAGGUUGAAGGAAACUGCAAAAGUGGAUGGACUUGUUUUCUGUGAAAACUGUUACCGCUAUGGUACCAUAGAAGAAUUUGUUCCUGAAGGGAAAUUUUGCAGCCAGAAAUGUGCCCAGCAAGUAAAAAACAAAGAACCAAAGGAGGAAAAUCCCAGCAUGGAAUGCAAUGGGGAAGAUGAUUCUAAAGGCAUUCGGAAACGAAAAGCAAAAGUACCUCUCAAAGAAGAGUCCCGGGAUAAUGGGGAGAAGAAGGAGAAUCCCGAUGAAAUUGAGGACAAACCUGAAGGAAGGAUCUUGAGAGUCUCACAGAGAGCCAGGAGAAAAAGAAAAGGGGAGAUUACAGUUUUGAAACAAACUGUACCCUCUAAAGGAAGGCAAGCAUGGUGUUGGGCAUCCUACCUGGAGGAAGAAAGGGCCAUUGCAGUACCUACUAAGCUUUUUAAAGAGUAUCAGUCUUUUCCAUACAACAAGAAUGGAUUCAAGGUAGGGAUGAAGCUGGAGGGUGUGGAUCCUGAGCACCAGUCGAUCUACUGUGUUCUCACGGUGGCUGAGGUUUGUGGCUACAGAAUAAGACUACAUUUUGAUGGAUACCCAGAUUGUUACGAUUUCUGGGUAAAUGCUGAUUCUUCAGACAUUCAUCCUGUUGGAUGGUGUGAAAAAACAGGUCACAAGCUUCAUCCACCUAAAGGAUAUAAGGAAGAAGAAUUCAGCUGGCCCUCCUACUUGAAGGCAUGCAAGGCUCAAGCUGCUCCUAAAUCACUGUUUGAAAACCAGAAUGCAACAGUGAUUCCGUCGGGAUUUCGAGUGGGGAUGAAGCUGGAAGCUGUAGACAAGAAGAACCCGACUUUCAUUUGUGUUGCCACGGUAACAGACAUGGUGGACAAUCGUUUUCUGGUUCAUUUUGACAACUGGGACGAGAGUUAUGACUACUGGUGUGAGGCAGCUAGCCCUCAUAUUCAUCCUGUUGGAUGGUGUAAAGAACAUAAAAGAACUCUAAUCACCCCACCAGAUUAUCCACACUCUAAGCAUUUUUCUUGGGAAAAAUAUUUGGAAGAGACCAGUUCAUUACCUGCACCUGCAAGGGCUUUUAAAGUGAAACCUUCUCAUGGCUUUCAGAAAAAUAUGAAACUUGAAGUGGUUGACAAGAGAAAUCCAGUAUUUAUCAGAGUAGCAACCAUUGUAGAUACUGAUGACUAUAGAAUAAAAGUUCAUUUUGAUGGCUGGGAUAGUAUUUAUGACUAUUGGACUGAUGUUGACAGCCCUGAUAUCCAUCCUGCAGGCUGGUGUACAAAAACUGGACACCCUCUUCAGCCCCCACUUAGUCCCUUGGAAUUGGUGGAAGCUUUAGAGCAUGGAGGGUGUCCCACAGCAGGAUGCAAGGGAGUUGGACAUAUUAAAAGAGCAAGACAUAUCGGCCAUCAUAGUGCAGUCAGCUGUCCAUAUUCAGAGAUGAAUUUGAACAAAGAAAGCCUCUUACCUGACCGAUUGAGUGGGGAGAUGCCUGCAGCCAAUCCUAUCCCCAGAAACAGAAAAAUGGAGACAAAUGAAAGAUCCACCUCUCCUGUAAUCAAUGACAGAAAAUGCCCCAGCCCUGGUCAUGUAGGUAUGAAAUCUUCACCUCACAAUCGACCAUCUGGGAAAACUGUACCAGAAACAACCAAGCUGGAAGAUGCAGAAAAUAAAUCUCCUUGCAAGAAGCCCCUGUUGUACAAUGUGAAAGAAAAGAAGGCACCUGGUGGAGCGCUACAAACAAAGGACUCCAUAAAGCACAAAGAGUGUGAAGAGGAGGAGACAGAAAAUAAGCUGCUCAUUUCAAAUGAAAUCAAAGAUGUUGAAGAACCCAACACGCAGAGGCUUCUCUCUCAACCAGUUAUUGUGUCCUCUAAGUUGCAAAUCCCUGGCUUACCCUUGCGCUGGGAACAGCAGAGCAAGCUCCUUCCAAGUGUAGCUGGGAUCCCAGCCAGUAAAGUUUCUAAGUGGAGUACAGAUGAGGUCUCUGAAUUUAUACGAAGUUUACCAGGAUGUGAAGAGCAUGGCAAGGUAUUUAAAGAUGAGCAAAUUGAUGGAGAAGCAUUUCUGCUAAUGACCCAAUCAGACAUAGUCAAAAUAAUGAGCAUUAAACUGGGACCAGCCCUAAAAAUCUUUAAUUCCAUUUUGAUGUUCAAAGCUGCAGAGAAAAACUCACACAAUGAACUUUGA